UGAUGAUAGUUUAGUUUGUAACUUGGGCUUGAAUUGCGCCCUUUGAUGAUGUCACUGAAGAUGAAGUAUUUUUUAUUUGACUAAAUAUUGCUGAGAAUACUUGAAGAAAUUUGGUGUUUCAAAGCAUGAUAUGAGUCUUGCUGGACAGAAAUUAACAGAUGUUUAUGGUGGCUGGUUUGCUGUUGUUUUGUUUUGGUUUUUGGCUUUUCUAUUUUUUUUAUUUUUUGUUUAUUCUGUAAUAGUGUAUGUUGUUUCUACCAAAAAAGUUUUUUAUGCUGUACCAAGCUGCAAACAAGCUUGUGCUAUGAUACGGCCUGGUAGAACUUAUAACAGAAGAAAAGUAAAACAGAAAUGUUGUUUUGCAACCAUGUACAAUGUUUGGGGUGCUUUAAAGCUGAACUAGUUAUUUUGUGGUUGAAACUUUGUGAUGAGACAAAAAGGAAUCACUUGAAACAUGCAUAAAUGCUUCUCACUUUGGUGCUGUUGAUGCUGUAGAUUGUUUGAUUUCGACUUCUAAUAAUUUUAAUUAAAAAUCUUAGUUGCUAUACAAAGUGCAACUGUUAUUUGGCUAUAUACUCGCACUGACAUAGUUUGCUAAUGUAAGGAAGCAUUAUGCCAGAUAUAAUUUAAGUCUCUGAGCUCAUAUCCCUUGACCUUGUUGGUCUGCCACUUAAAAGAAUUUUUUAAUGAGUAUAAAUAGAUGUUCAAAAUUUAUCUUAAUUGAUUAUUUCUUCAUAUAUUUAUGUUUAUUGAGUGUUCCACUGAUCGUUUUAAUAGGAAAAGAGUGCUAAGGUGGGGUGGGGAUGAUAGAAUGUAUAUCUAAUUUCUAUGUUUUUUCUGAGCAUAUGUGCUCACAAUUUUGUGUUGUUUGUUAAACUUUUCAGGGUAUUGAAGAAAUUAAGGAGAUAUGGAAUUUCUGGAAUAUUAUCGUAUGGACUAUUGAACACAGCCUACUACCUCACAACGUUUCUCUUGGUGUGGUUUUAUGUGGCUCCAGCUCCUGGAAGAAUGGGUUAUAUUGCAGCUGUUGAGAGAUUUCUUAAAGUAAUGGCCAUGGUGUGGGCUGGAAGCCAGGUUACUAAGCUUGUGAGAGCUGGCGGGGCCCUUGCCCUUGCACCUUUUGUAGACAAAGGAUUGUCUUGGUUCACAGUCAAAUUUAAAUUUGAAUCUCAGGGAAAGGCUUUCAUGGCGAUUGUUGGAUUCUGUUUUGGUCUGGCUCUCAUACUAUUUUUCUUUGUGACAUUGCUUUCGGCAUGAAGCAGACUACUAUUUCUCUCGAUUUUGUCUUUGCUUGGAUGGAGAGAGUCUUCUUAACAUUUGCAUUUCAUCCAAUUAAUAAUCUUUGUAUUGCAAACAUGGUGCUUCCAUAAUGCAAGUUUCUAAUCAAGUUAAUUUUGUUAUUUCAAUAUUUUAUUACAUCCGGAAGGUUUAAUGUGAUAGAUUUGCAAUUCAUCGAC